GUUGGUGUUUGGAGUAUUUCACUAAUAUUGGUUAAUCAGCUCAGCAUUACUUCUCCGUCUGCUAAACCUCGGCAUCUAAUGGAUGUUCUGUCCGUCAGGAGGGCAAUCGGUCGUCGUGUGGUGGAUGUGUCGUAUUAACCCGGACAUCUUUAGCCCCGCGUCUUACUAAACGUCAUUCGGAAACGCUUGAGUGAAGCGACUUCCGGUCGGUAACCUAGCAACGCAGAAAAUGGCUGUAGCGUCCAUCUAACUAGGACUACAGACACUACACAGAGUUCGUCUGAUACAAAUCGUUAAUGAGUACGUUUACAGACGAGGUUCUGGACCCAGUGAGCAUCCAGUCACUGUGGAGGAGAAGCCAGCAGUCGGAGCAGGCGUCGAAAGGCUGUCAGACCAGGGACGUGCGCCGGGCGGAGGCCGAGGUCCAGACCACGUCCAGGACCGUCGGCUCGACCCAGACUGAGCCCGCAGACCAGGCAGCGCAGCCGCUCUUCCAAGCGGCCAGCGACGAGGCGGCGCCCGGCCUCAGGGAGUUCCUGCGGAGGGUGGAGGACACGGUGAUCAGAGAGCUGGCCACGAAUGCGAAGAGCCACGCUUUCAGUGGCUUCCAGGUGAACUGGGCUGAUCCCAGUCAGCGGGUUUUAUGUCAAUGUAGUCUGCAGCAUCCUGACGUUCAGAAGCAGGGGCUCCACGUGACCAGUGUUUCUUGGAGUUGUACCGGCUCGGUUAUUACCUGCGCAUACGGCCGGAUUGACAAUGGAUCCUGGAGCACAGAGAGAUCGUGCAUUUGCCUGUGGAACGUGGACAGUCGAUGCCUGAACCCCGAACAAGCUGAUCUGGUCAUAGAUGUUCACACGGCAGUCACGGCUCUAUGCUGUCACCCGAGCCAGCCGGCCCUCAUCGCAGGGGGCCUCUACAGUGGAGAGGUGGUGGUCUGGGACACCAGUCAGACUCCGGACCCUGUUCUGGCUGUAGCCGGUAUGUCGAUGGACAGUCACAGGGAGCCUGUGUAUGAGGUUGCCUGGGUACCCCUGCAGAAGAAAGGGGAGUUUGGGGUGCUGAGUGCCAGCUCCGGAGGACAGGUGUUGCUGUGGAUGCUGGACUCUGAUCAGGGCAGGCUGGUCCUGAAUGCUGCUUAUGCUUUAGUACAUCAGCAGGUUCCACACAGCAGCAGCAGCAGCUUCAAGGCCCGAGGCAGCGGAGUUGUUGGUGUGACCUCUCUGGCGUUGUCUCCCUGGGACAAUGACACCUUCCUGGUUGGCUCUGAGGGCGGACUGCUGCUGCGGUGCUCCUUCUCCUCCAGAACUCUCGCUGCCGCCUCCUUCGAGGGCCUGAGUGUUCCUCUGAGAGCCCCAGCAGUGUUUUCAUUCAGAGCUGCCGGUGGCCCUGUCCAUUCAGUAGACUGCUCCCCUUUCCAUAGGAACCUCUUUGUCUGUGCAGGGACAGAUGGUCUGGUCCACCUGCACUCGCUCCUGCAGCCCAGCCCUCUGGUGUCACUCAGGGUUUCAGACUCCUACGUGUUCCAGGUGCAGUGGUCUCCCACGAGGCCCCUAGUGUUUGCCGCCGCCACAGGAGAAGGUGAGGUGCAGAUAUUCGACCUGGGCCGCAGGUCCCUGAGGCCGGUGGCCACUAUCAGUCAGGAAGGCGUGGGCCAAGCUGCGACAUGUCUGGCCUUCAAUCGUCACAAUCCCAACCUCUUGGCAGUGGGGAGGAUGAAUGGAACGGUCACGGUUUGGCGUCUGAGCACAGACUUAACAGAGCAGAGCCCCAGAGAGAGCAGCCAGCUGGAGCAGAUAGCGAAUCAGGUGGCAGAAUGAUACAGAGCAGCUCUACAGCGAUGAACACUGAGGUGUAAAUAAAGAGUGAGGAGGCUUCCAGUUCCAACCAGUAGCGUUUAUUAAAGCACAGCAAUUUGUAAGAA